AGCCGCCUCGUGUGUGACGACAGCGAUUCAGAGGAGAGUAGCCAUGCUACCCUUUUUAAUGCAGAUGUUUCCAGGAAAGAAAAUGUAGCAUCCAGUCCUGACAGUCUAGACCUACCAGACCCAGCUUAUGAUGCAGAAGAGGAUGACCUACCUAAACUGGUAAAACGCAAGUUAAAGAAAACAGGAGUGAAAGAGAGUCCUAACGAAAAAAAAUGGAAAGAAAAAACAGGAGGAGAAUUUGUUGGGAGUGCAAAAAGGAUCAUUUGUCUGGAUGAAGAGGGUGAUGUCAGAGAGUUUUCAGAGGAAACAGCAGAAACUGAAGUUGAGACCAUUAGUCUUGAUGAAUAUGAUAAAGAGCAAACUGUUGGAGAGAUUUCUGAUAUAUAUGGGCCUUUGUCAUCUGAUGAAGAAGAAAAUGUAACAGAAUUCUUUAAAGACUUUCCAAUUUUCUCAAGAAAAAUUGGUGGAUAUGGAGCUGCAGAAAUCAUCGAUGUUCUGAUGAAAGUAGACAACUAUACUCAAUAUGUAUGUCCAACUGUUCCUUUACAGUGUGAAGAGAAUGCCACUUUCUUUUGAUCAGUUGAUACUGAUAAACUGAGAAAAUUUUCAGAUCUGACUGUGGAUGACAAUGGGCUCUGGAAAAGGCCAUCAGGAUCAAAUUUGUAUCUUACAAAGACAGAACGAGGUUAUAAGUCCAGCAGACAAAUUACUCAAUCAUAUGAUUUUCAGCUCAGGAAAAGCUACUAUGUCCAUGCUGGGACUCCAGAUUUCCACAAAAUUGUCUACACUAUAAGAAACUCAGAAGUACACAACCUCAGACAUGCAAUUAUACAGUAUUAUUUCCAAGAUGGAAAAGUUGUUCCUGUCUUAAAAAAUGUUCCACAUGGAAAUUCUAAGAAAGAAAAUCCUUUCAUUAGAACAAAACCAAGUGCAAUUGCAGAAAUGAAGAACAAAUCUGUUUAUAUGCAGCCCAAGAAAGUUGUUGCAGAUGUGUUCAAUGAGAAAGGAGGAUCGUUGAACUUCAAAUCACCAUCAGAUAUACCUAGAGACAGAACUCAAAUUUACAACAUUAACAGAAGCAACCCUAGAAAAUACCAGACUGGUGGAAAAUGUACUACUAAUUUUGAUGCCAUUAUCAAGAUGUCUGUUGAGGGCAAUUUUGCUCGAAGUUUUGAAAUGAAAGAAAAUGGUCAUGCCAGGUGCUUCCUUGCAACAGAUCAGCAACUCCUUGGUGUGAAAAAAUUUUGCUGCAGUUCAGAUUCCAUUUUAGGCAUAGAUCAAACAUUUGAUCUUGGAGGAUUUUACCUUACAUGUACCACUUACAGACACCCUAUGUUUGUCAUCAGAGAUAGUGGCAGACACCCUCUUUUACUCGGUCCAUGUAUGAUGCAUCUUAAACGAGAAACCAGUGACUAUGAAUACUUCGGCAAAACACUCUCUGGAUAUAUUAAAGAUGACGUUGUAAAUGUAUGGGGAUCAGAUGGAGAAAAAGCCCUCAUAAAUGGCCUUCAAAAAAGUAACGCUUUUCAAGGAAUCCAUCUAAUUUGUGAGAUACAUGCCCGAGAAAACUGUGAAAGAAAGCUUAAGUCAUUAAACUUUAAAGAACCUCACAUAAAUUUAUUUUUGAAUGAGAUAUAUGGACAGCAGCAUGGGAACAAACGCAUUGGAGGGCUCAUUGACUGUGAAACAGAGGCUGAUUUUGAUUCAUCCCUCAUCAAUUUGGGCAGGAAGUGGGAUGCAAUUGAAGUUACCGAAACUGGAAGAAAACCCCCUGAGUUUUUUACUUGGUUCAAGAAAUUCAAAGCCGAAGAGUGUAAAAGAAACCUUUUAAAACCAAUCAGAACAGCAGCAGGGCUAGGAUUUCCUCCUAUAAGAUAUACAAACAACAACAACGAGGCAAUUAAUAGUGUGCUGAAGCGUGAAGUUGACUAUAAAAAACAGUCCUGGGAGAACAUGGCGGUGUCUCUGCAAAACAUUAUCCACACUCAGUAUCAAGAAUUGGAGAAAGGAGUGUUCAAUGUUGGGGAAUAUAGGCUGCAUAAGGAUUAUAAUCAUCUCUCCGUAUCAACACUUAACUGGUCUCAGUUAAACAAAGACCAAAAACAGGACAAGCUUGCCAAAGUAUUCAGGUAUAAUGCAGAAGUUACUGAAUUGCCAACUCACCAUAUACCUUCAGUCCUUUCCGAAACAUACAAUUCCCUGACUGGUACGAUCUACAAAGCUCAUGAACUAAGAGAUGUCUGGAGAAAAGCAGGUCUUCUUGCAGGAGACAAGUCCAUAUUCACUAAACUUUCAUCAAACAAAACAUGUAUAGACUGUAGUGAAAAUGUGUACAUUGUAGAGGGAAAUGAAGAAAUGGAUUGGUUUACAUGUACUUGCACUGGGAGUCACAAAUGUCAGAACUUUGAUAAGUUUGGAGUAUUCUGUGAACACACUAUUGCAGCAAGUGAAUUCCGGGGAUCUUUGCAAAAGUAUAUACAAGAAAUUAAAAAGUGUUCUGAAAAAGUGUCUCUUGAUGCCCUGCUUGAGAAACAUACCAAGAAAUCUGGGAAAAAAGGGUCCAGAAAGGGAAAAAAUGAUCCCCAUACCAGACCUGUGAUUACAUCAUCAGUGCCACUUUUCACUGAACCUUUCCACAAUGAGGAUGAAUUUGAAGUAAAUUUCCUAAAAGAUGAAAAAAGAGCCAAAAGAUGUGCUGCAUGUGGUGUAGAUUUUCCAAAAUCUGUAGUAGUUCAACCAUUUGAUCUUGUAAUGCAGCAUCCAGAGCGAUACCUAUAUCCGCAGAAAAACCAAGGUGAAACUGAAUGGGUGUACACAGCUCAAAAAAAGAGAGCCACAUUCUAUCACUGUGCGCCAGAGUGCAUUCUAAAGCGACAUCCCCAUUUCACAAUUGAUAAAAUAAAGAUUCCUGAAAAUGUUAGAUCUAAACUGAAGCCAUGCCACAUAAAAAUGCUCCAGUCUCAUUUUAACAUGGAUUUGUAAGGCACUGUAAUCAACUAAAAAUUUUGUUCUGUAUAUAACGUUCUGAUUUACUUUUAAUUGAAAAUGCUUUUCUUUGUUAUAGAAUUCUUGUUUUAUUACUAAUUCAGAAGGACACAAGAUUGAUAUUUUUUACUCUUGCAGUUUUAUUUCUUGUGACAAGACUGUCUUUGGGAAUGGUUACUAUGAACUAAGAAUCUAGUCAAUCUGAUGUAAACUUUAUGUUGCUCAAAACAAAGUUAUGUUUGUAUUUUUUGUUCUCUUUGUUUGGAUAAGAUUUUUGUGCUUUUUUUCUUUUUUGGCAAUGUUUGGUUUAUCAUAAAUAAAAGAGAAAGUUUAAAUGCUUGUGGGUUUUUUUUUUAUUCUUGGUCUGUAAUUAAUAAUACACUGGUUUUAUCAAUUUUCAUUGGCAUCAAUUUUUGUGCUAUCAGCAAAU